GAUCGGGUCUCAUUUGUUUACAUCCAUUAGUCACCCGGGAUCAUGAGAAUCCGUAGCAAUCCACUGCCCCGCCGGCUGGUGGAUAUCUUGUGCUUCCUGAUCAUUGGAGUCUUUCUGCCGGUUGUUUUCCUAUUCGAGAUUGUGGUGGUGCUGCCCGCUUUCCACGAACCCGGCGGCUUUCUCCACACCUUCACCUUCGUGAUGGCCAUGUUCCUAGUGUUUAAUAUCAAGGGAAACAUGAUUGCCUGCAUGAUGAUCGACACUAGUGUUGACGGUGAUGAAAAAGUGGAACCACCAGUGGAUCAAUCGGACUGGCGGGAGUGCGGCGAAUGCCAGCGUUUGUCUCCACCGAGAUCGUGGCACUGCAAGAUCUGCAAGGUUUGCAUUCUCAAGCGGGAUCACCACUGCAUCUACACAGGCUGCUGCAUUGGACUGAAGAACCAUCGCUUCUUCAUGGGCUUCAUAUUCUACCUGUUCGUGGGAUCUGUUUACGCUUUGGUGUACAACUCCAUAUACAUGUGGGUCAUCCAGGGGCACAUCUACUGCAACUGGUUGACGCUGCUCAAGCUGACCUGUCCGAUGCUCCUUCUAGUAACGGGCAACUUGUGGAGCAACUUAUACCUGCUCUUCUACAGCCUAAAUGUUUUGGCCCUGGCUUACGGAGUUCUUCUAUUGGGAUACCAUGUUCCUAUCGUUCUGAGAGGCGGCGUUUCCGCAGAUCGCACAAAAGAGAGGAAAAAGAAGUACGAUCGAGGGAUCCACCAGAAUCUGAGAAGUGUUUUUGGUAACCGCAUGCAUAUAGCCUGGUUAUCGCCACUGAUUCGCAGCGAUCUGCCCGAUGAUGGUUACCACUGGAGUGCUUCUGUGGCCAGAAAAGACAAAGACUGAUUAGGAUUUAGAGUACGUAUGAGUGACUCAGAUUCUACCUCGGAAGCCCGUAGAUGAGCACUGUCACUUUUGCUACUUCUGGCUGUACAUAAGACAAUCUCAAGGUGGUAAAGUUGUAUCCUAUUCCGCCAGUGAGAACGGCUGCCUGACCUCCCCAUUCCAUUUGACUUUCAUCGAUGACCAAAAUCAGGUUUAUAUAAAAACUAAGGCUAGACUGUAU